UUUAAUUCAAACUUACAUUUCAUGCAUGUCAAAUUCAGAAAAAAUUUCACUAAAGAGUGAUUUAAACAUAAAUUUACAUCCUAAUUACCUAAGGAAUCCAAUAUUUAAUUAUUCAAGAUAUUUGAGAGUUCUUAAUUUCAAAGAAUUGUCAAAUUGUGUAAAUGUUUGGUAUGUUUAUCAAUUUAAAUUGGAUAGACGAGAUGAUUCUUUAGCAUGUAAAAAUUCAAUUGUCAACCAAUUAACGAUAAAGCUUUUUAAAUUAUUCAUGAGCAAUUCUUUAAAUCUUCAAGAAUUAUCAAUUCCAAAAUCAUUUUGGAAAAUGAUUGAUUUUUCAAAUAUUUCAAUAAGUUUAUUGAAUCUCAAAAAAUUUUCAAUGAUUGGAACAAGUAAUAGUCAUUUAAACAUUCAAGAUUUUAAUUGCCUGUCAUCCAUUCUCAAGAAUUUAUCAAGAUUCUCCAACAGUUUAGAAACCAUUGAAAUUCAUCAUUUCUCAAAUCCCAAUUACAAUUCCAAUGUUAAAGUUAUGGAUUCUGAAAUUGAUAUAGACGGCUUAAAUUCAUUGAUAGAAUCACAAGCUAGUUUAAAGAAACUUCUUAUUUCUUACUCUUCUUGGAAUUGUUUAGGUUCUUUAGCAUCGGCUUUAAGAUCUCAAAUUGGAAACUUAACAGAAUUUACUUUCACCAAUAUUAGAUUUACAAAUGAUUCAAUAUUUAAAAUUUUGGCUUCAUGCAAAAAUUUAGAGAAUUUAAGAUUUAAUCGGUGUUCUGGACUCACAUCUGAAAAUCUCAAGUCAUUAUUAUUAAUUGAUUCAACAUCAUUAAUCAAAAAACUGGAACUAUUGGAUAACGAUAUAGAAUUUACAACUUUAUUUGAUUUACUUGGUAAAUCAAAAUUUAAUUCUUUAAGAACAUUGAGCAUGAGUGAAUCUUCUAGGCUUCUUAUUUCAUCAGAUCUUAUAGAAACUAUAUUAACAAAUUGUCCAGAUCUUCAAGAUCUUGAUAUGAGAAUACAACAACCAAAUAUUUUCAAAAAUAUUCUUAAACCUUUACAUUAUUCAAAUACAACAAAAAUUCGAAAUCUUCGUCUGACAAACACUUCUCCAUCUGGUGUUUAUUCUUCAAAUGACUUUUCUGAAAUAAGUGAAUGUUUACCACGUUCUUUGAAUUCUUUGGCUUUAUUUUUUUGGGAUUUUUCAUCUGAAUCUUUACAAAAAUUUUUGGAGAAUUGUAAAUGUCCAUUGAAAAAAUUAUUAUUACAUAAAGAUCAUGGAAUUGUUGAUAAUCAUUUAGAAAUUAUUACAAACUAUGCUAAAUCAAAGAAAACUCUUAAAUGCUUAAAUUUUACAUUUAGAAGCCACGAUAAUUCUAUUAUUCCUUCAGAAGAAGCUGUUAAAAAAGCAAAAAAAAUCAUUCCUUUAAUUCAAG